AUGACCGACGUCGCAGUCACCUUUACCAAAGAACGACACAUCAAGUAUUUCCUUCGAUGCCUCAAGACCUUCCUUCCCAGCCUAUAUACCUCAAAUGACUCCAAUCGCAUGCUCCUCGCCUUCUUCACGGUCGCCGGCCUGGACCUUCUAGGCGUAUUGCAGAGCAAAACCACCGCCGAGGAGAGACAAGGAUACAUUGAAUGGAUCUACCACUGCCAGGUGCCGACGGGCGGGUUUCGAGCAUUCACCGGAACAGACUUUGGCGCAAAGAAUCGCACCCCAGAGAAUGAAGCCUGGGAUCCAGCCAAUGUGCCUUCGACCUUCUUUGCGCUAGAGCUCCUGCUCAUCCUCGGCGACGAUCUAUCGCGCGUGAAGCGGUCUGAAUGUUUACAAUGGCUCCCGCAGAUGCAACGUAGUAACGGAAGUUUUGGCGAGGUGCUUGGCCCUGGAGGGAAAAUCGAAGGUGGCGGGGAUCUACGGUUUUGCUGCUUUGCAGCAGGCACGCGGUAUAUUCUGAGGGGGAAGGGCGGGGAAGAUUUGGACGGCAUCAAGGAUAUUGAUGUGGACAAACUGGCAUCGUUUGUUCAGGACUGCCAAGCAUACGAUGGUGGUAUGGGAGAGGCGCCCUUUUGUGAAGCGCAUUCCGGUCAUACAUAUUGCGCAAUGGGCGCUCUAUCCUUCCUAAACCGCAUGGCAAAGGAUCAGCAACCGCCACCAGUCCUUUCGCCAGGUGUGAGAGAGUUUGAGUCCCUGGUUCGUUGGCUCGUUUCCAGACAAACUGCAGAGCUUGGUGACACAGAGGAGGACUCCGAUGAUGACGAUGAUGGCCCCAAGGCCGAGGCCCAGAGACUACCGAAGGCUGUCGAGGAGCCAGGCUUAGAUGAGGAUCCCGAUAACCUUCCUUUUAUAUUACCACCAAUGGAAGCGUCUUUACGAUGUGCAGGCUUUAAUGGACGGUGUAACAAGUAUGCCGACACCUGUUACUCGUUUUGGAACCUGGCGACUUUAGAUAUGAUGGAUAGACUUGACCUGGUAGACACCGCUCGAAAUCGGCAAUAUCUCCUCGGGAAAACCCAGCAUAUCAUCGGCGGGUUUGGGAAGGGUGUGGGUGAGCCACCAGAUCUCCUGCACUCCUACUUUGGGAUGGUCGCUCUCGCGUUCCAGGGAGAAGAAGGGCUAGACAGUGUUGACCCAGCACUGUGUAUCAGCCAUCGGGCGGUGCAACAUUUACAGUCCCUCCCUUGGUGGAAGGAAGGGGCGUAG